UACGCCGCCACGCAGUCAGAUUCUUCCGCCGAGCGCGGCCCUAGGGCCAAAGGAUUCGUUCCCCGGUUCCCCAGAUUUCCUCCUCUUGCUCCCGUGCGCCGCUUCCAGCGUCCUCGAUUCCCACUUCCCCCUCCACUAGCCCCGGAGACCUUUCCUCGCCGUCCUAAAGCCUAGGCCCUCUGAUUCCGCGGAGUGCGGUCCGUGCUGCCGGGAGGACACACCCCCCGAGGACUCACUUCCGGCGACGCCGCGGCGGGGUCGGAGCCCGGCAGGGAGUGAGGCCUACCGAGGCUUUCCUGGGAUGGACGCUUUGGCAGUCAUGAUGCAGGAUCUGCUGACCCAGAACCAUGCUCUGCGCAGGGAAAACAACGAGCUCAUGGACCAGGUGCGGCGCCUGCUGUGCGAGAAAGCCAACCUGCUGGCCCAGGUGCGUCCGCCCACCUGCCCGGUGGUUUUUCCCGAGACGUUUAACGGCGACCCCGCUCGGCUCCCCGACUUUCUGAUCCAAGCAGCAUCGUACGUGAACUUCUUCGAAACCAGAUUUUCGAAUGACACCCUAAAGGUGGCAUUUGUAAUCAGCCGCCUCUCUGGGCCGGCGGAGGAGUGGGUGGUCCCCUACAUCGAGAGGGAGAGCCCCAUCCUGGGUCAGUAUGAGCGUUUCGUGGACGCGCUGAAGCGGGCCUUUGGUCGCAAUGGGUAGGAAACGGUCCGGCCGGGACUCCCCAUGUUGGAGGGACAGCUGCGGCCCGGGGCUAGCCUUGCUCGCACCACGAACCUGGGCCUGCUUGGCUUUGUUUGACAAGUAGCUCUGGGAUCCUGGCCUUGUCUGAAACUUGGGCGCCAAAUGUUCUGGCUAGCCCCAAUGCCUUUGCGUUUCCCAGCAACCCAGCUACAACCCAGGUUUGCUGUUCAUUAAAGACGUUAUUUGAUCUGUAAGAAUUUAAAUAGACAUUCCAGACUCAAGUCGUCCUCUCUGAAGACUGCUUCUGACCGCUUUGAAAAACAGCCAAGAAGGGUCCACACACUGAUUGGGAUAGCUGAGGCCAAAGAGGCAACUUCUAAGGGUUAGUGUGCCUGGUGACCGAUUUUUAACAUGUAUGUCUGGAACUAUAUAGUUUUUACACAUUUUAUUUCACAGAAGCCUUGCAGAUGGUGCCUUUUGGUCCAAGAAAUCCAGGCACUGGACUAGUAUUUACUUAAAAACUAUCCCUCUGUCCCCUGCUAUAUAUAUAUAUAUAUCUCAUACACACACACACACACACACACACACACACACAUAAUCUUAACGAAUGCGUAAGGCCUAAGACAGUACUUGGUUUUACAGAAGAAACAAAAAUGAUUAAACAAGAUUUUUGUCUUCAGGAACAUCAUUGUGUUCUGAGGGAAAAAAAGAACUCCCAUGCAUAGGCUAAUGUCUUGUUAAUGCUUCUUGUGCAUAUUUGAUUCUUGUUUUAUGACUAUUUUGUGUUCACUUUUUUUUUUUAAUGCACACAACUUAGAAAGCUAGAAAGAAAACCAAUCUUGGGCAAUUUUGUUGUAUUUCUGUAGAAGCUGUGUAUGAUUCCUAGCAAAAUAAUAUUAAUAAUAAUAGGUAUGUAUGGUGGAGUCUUUGAGUUAUGUCCACUUGGUUUUAUUCCCUUAUGCUAUAUGGAAGAGUAUUAGCUCCCUAUUUUUGAGUAAAAAUCAUUUUACAUUUGGAGCUGUAGUUUCUCUUCAUUAAAGACAUUACUUGAUCUUUAAA